AUGUACCCCCUAAAAGAUAGUUACAGAAUGUUGACUGGUGCAUAUCUUAAAGGUCCACUUAUUGUUCUUCAUUUUAGGAGAAGAUUUUCUUUAUGGUCAAUGAAGAAAGAGCCAGAUCUUGAAUUAGCUUUGUCUCGAAAUCGUAGAUGGAUAGUGAAUAAUCAGAUCAAGAACAUAAUUAUCAGAUACCCUGAUGAUGCCGUGCCAAUAGAUUUCCUUCAGAAAAAAUUUAAGUCUUUAGAUCUUCAAGGCAAAGCUCUUAACUGGCUCAAAAAGUACCCCUGUUGCUUUGAAGUGUAUUGUGAGAAUGACAAGUAUUUCUGUCGAUUAACAAAACAAAUGCUGUUUUUAGUAGAGGAGGAAGAAUCUGUUAAGGAUAUGCAGGAACCAAUUUUCGUCAGGCGAUUAGCAAAGCUGUUGAUGAUGAGCAUGAAUCAGAGGCUUAAUGUCUCGAAACUUAAUGAAUUGAAGAGAAACUUUGGGUUUCCGGAUGAUUAUUUGCUUAGGAUUGCAACCAAGUAUCCUGAUAUGUUUCGAGUUGUCAGUUAUUCUGGGAGGCGAAGUUCAAUGGAGAUCGAGCUUUCAUCCUGGGACCCUGAUUUAGCAGUUUCCGCAAUCGAAGAAUUAGCUAAAAAUGAGGGUCGUGAACCAUGUUUUUCUUGUUCAUUGCCAUCUACUUGGGUAAAAUCAUGGGAAAAGUUUCAAGAGUUUAAUUUCACUCCGUAUAUUUCGCCUUAUGGGGAGCCGAGUGGCUUGGUGGAGGAAUCAAUGGAAAUGGAUAAAAGAACGGUUGGUUUAGUGCACGAAUUACUAUCACUAACAUUGUGGAAGAAAGCCUCAAUUCUAAAAUUAGGUCAUUUUAGAAGAGAAUUUUUGUUACCACAGAAUUUGAAUGUUUUGCUGCUCAAGCAUCCUGGCAUAUUCUAUGUUUCAAAUAAAUAUCAAAUUUAUACGGUUCUUCUCAGGGAAGGAUACAAUGGUUCAGAAUUGAUUGACAAGGACCCACUAGUUGUUGUGAAGGACAAGUUUGGGGAAUUGAUGCAGGAGGGGCUUCAUGAAUAUAAUAGGAGGCACUAUUUAUUAAAUUUGGAAAAGAAAAGGAAGAAAGGUUUGGCACCAGUUAGGCCAGAGGGAAGAAAGAGAGCAAGUAAUGAAGUUUCAGAACAAGAUGAUCAAGGGAAUAAUCUAGGUGGAAUAUUUGACCCAGAAGAAAGAAAAAGAUUUUAUAAAGCUCUCUUCGAUGAAAAUCUGGAUUCAGUAUUUGUUCAGAAUUUUAGAUUUGCAAGGACAUAUUAA